GAGAGAGAAAGAUGCAGAAAAAGGGAAGUAAAUAGUUUGUUUGAGUGCAAAGAGUGAGAGAGAAUUAGGGUUCAGAAGAGAGGAGGAAAUUACAUAACAUUUGCACUUAAGUUUGGAGAAGUAGAGAGAGCACAGGAUGAGUUCAAUACACAUAGCAUUAUAUCAGGAACUACAUCUUGAGACAGCGGAACCAACCAGACGGUACUGAGUCCAACACUCUGACUGAGCGCUGAGAGCCCCAGAACCCAUAAGAUGAGGAAUCUACUGAUAUUCAUCAUCCUGUCCUUCAUGACAGGUUGUGUAAGCUGCCUUGAAGUGGAAGGACUCUCAGGAGGAACUGUCAUCUUCAGCUGUAAAUACCCAGUCAAAUAUCAAUAAAUAUUUCUGCAAGGAGUCAACUCAAAGUUGUGAGGAGAAAAUAAGAAGUGGGAUGAAGAACACCUGGGAGAACAAGAAUAGAUUAUCUUUGUGUGACACUGACGGGGAUCACUUCACAGUGGCCAUCAGAAAACUGGAUAAAAGUGAUGAAGGGAACUACAAAUGUGAAGUGAACACACCAGAUACACCAAGUGGCCAUUUUACUAAGGUGGAGCUGAAAGUAAAGGAAGAUGACUGCUGUAAGAACUCAGUCACAGAGAUGACAGCCUAUCUGGGGGGAAACGCUACCAUCACCUGCCAGUAUCCAGAGGACCAUGUGAAUCGCAUCAAGUAUUUCUGCAAACAAGAUGAUCGCUUCAUCUGCAAAUCCAAGAUCACUUUAAAAUCUGACAAAAUAUUAAACAAACAUGGUCGAUUAUUUGUGUCUGAUAACAGAGAGGAGAGAGCCUUCACUGUGACCUUCACCAACCUGACUGUGGACGAUAUAGGGGUAUACUGGUGUGGUGGGAAAACGAAUGUCUACACCACCCUGAUCACUGAAGUACGACUCAUAGUUAAUGCGCCACCCAAGACCACCGCGGUGACCACCAUGUCUCCUGCAUCUUCAUCCAUGUCACCUCCAUCACCACUAAAUGGUACCUCUGUGGUCAUCAUUGUAUCUGUGAGUCUGGGUGGGUUGGUGUUUGCUGUCAUCCUGGUCAUUGUCUACAGUUGUAAACGCAACAAAGAGAAAGGAGCUGCCUCCUCAACACACAGGAUGAGCACAGAUGCAGGGAACAAUGGAAAGGGUGGUAUUGGUGACUCUGAAGGUAUAAAGGAGCGCCCCCUUCAGCCAGACUCAGGUCUGGCGACCACCAUCUACGCCUCUGACUCUCUUCACUACGCCAGUGUCAACUUCCAGAAGAACCCUGUCUGCCCCACCGAAGCCACCGCUGCCAUCGCUAAAGACGACACUUCUUUCGCUGACUACGCCACUGUGAACUUUGGUCAAAGCCCCGCCUAAUCUAUAGUCAAUCAACCAUACAGUGCUUCGGAGGCUGCAUUCCACAGUCAACAAACCCUGAGACACAUGAGUCACUGGCGACCAAUCACAACGAAUAUAGGCCUACACACACUGUCAACCAAUCACAAGGGACGUGUUUUAAAAACACACACACACUCUAGCCACUGAGUUUGCAAGAAAGGCAUUUCAGUAUACUUGUGCAUGUGACA